UGUAGUGGGCUUAUCAUACAUUAAAAGCGCGCUAACUCAAGUUGUUAAAACACCUUUACUCACCUGCCUUUCCUUAAGUUGCGAUAGGUGGUUUUUGUUAGUUUUGUAGCAAGUACCACCUGUGUUGUGAUCUUUUCAUUCGCGCUACCUCACUAUGGCAGCGUGGGGCGAUGGUGGAGGCUUCAUGCCACCGGACUCCCAGGACACACCACAGCGCAAGGCUCAAAGUCGCCAUGACAAUGUGGUUCCAUGCACCAUAGCUCAGAUCCAUAUGAUGGGCCAGGACUCGCUGACCAUAGGAUCACUUGAGGUGCAAUAUGUGUCAUUGGUGGGACUAGUGACAGGUGUCGACCAGCAGAGCACUCGUGUCAACUUCACCCUGGAUGACCGGACAGGGCCACCGAUCGAAGGACUGAUUUUCGCCCAAGAAGAGGAGCAGAUGCGUGUCAUGAGCCACCUGGUGGAGGGCAGCUACGUUCGUGUAGUGGGCCCUGUGCGCUCCAUUGAAGGCAAGCGCCAGCUCAAGGCGUUCAAAGUUUUCCCUGUGACUGAUCUGAAUGAGCUGAGUCUCCACCUUGCCGAAGUGGUGCAUGCCAACAUGGCUCUGCGUGUGGGCUUUACUCCCAGUUCACCGAAAUUUGAACCAAUGGAUACCAGCAGCAAUUCAUUUCUUGGGGCUGGCGCUAGCAAUCUUGGUUUGAACCCACAGCAGAAAUUGGUGUACGAAGCGAUUCGGGAGUGCACCACAAGCAUUGGGAUAGGCCUUGAUGAAAUUUGCUCCAAACUGAAGUCGAUGAACAAGAAUUCAAUACGGGAUGUGGUCGACUUCCUUGCUAACGAGGGACACAUUUUCACUACCAUGGAUGACGAACACUACAAGGCCACUGACUCAGCAUAGCAGUGGUUCCUGAUGUCUCCAGACGCUCACAAAGUCUGGCAAUCGCAUCUUGAGAUUGGGUGUCUGAGCCCAUGGCUAGACUCAUCAUGUGCUGCUCUUCAGACUGGCUGAAGAUGUACCCGUUGCUCUUGUCACAAGCCUUCAGCACACUCCACAUAGACUCCUUCUCCUGGAGAAAAACAACAAAAAACUAAUGAUUACUCUAGUUAUAAUUAACUCUUUCCAGCUGCUUUUUUUGUACCCCAUUUUUAUCACUUCACCUGUGGUAUGUUGGUGUUGCAAGUUGAAGCAAUCUUUUCUUUUAGUUUCAUUAGUAAAAGUAAACAAUAGAAAGGAAAGUUAUUUUUAAAAUGUAAACAGCAGGCUCCUAUGAUGCCUCAUUACUGAAUAUGUGGACAGUGCACAAGAUAACAAUUCUCGUGCAACUUGCACUCAAUGUGUUGAUAGCAGUUAAAAGUUAUUGCAUUUUUCAGAUAAUACUCUUAUAUAAACAUUAUUUUAGGAACCACAAGAUAUACAGAUCUGACUAUUGAUGGCUUCAUAAUUAAAAGGUUACUAGUACAGCAGAA